CUCGCACGAGCCAGACCAGCCCAGCAUGCCCGUCGAGAUCACCGUCAAGGGCCUCCUGUUCGACAUGGACGGCACCCUCGUCGACUCGACCCCAGCCGUCGAGAAGGCCCUCGGCGACUGGUGCCAGCGCCAGGGCAUGCAGCCCUCCGAGUUCUUCCAGCACUCGCACGGCGUUCGCACCCAGGACAACAUCAAGCGCUUCCAGACGGUCCCUGUGCCCGGCCACACGCUCAACGAGGAGGAGCUCGCCGAGGCGGUCCGUCAGCUCGAGCUCGAGAUUGCCGACACCGGGCGUCGACUGCACGAGGCUGGCGGCCAGGGCAUCGAGCGGUUGCCGGGCGUCACCAAGCUGCUUGACGCAUUGAGGCAGGGCGGCGCACGGUGGGGCAUCUGCACGAGCGCGACUCGACUGUACGCCGAUGCGGCGCUCAAGACGUCCGAGAUCGGCUCGACGCCGCCCAACUUGCCGUUCCUCAUCACGGGCGACGUUUGCGAGCACGGCAAGCCUCACCCUGAGCCUUACCUGCGCGGCAUGGACGAGCUGCGCAAGCUCGGCGGGCCCUCGUUCGCCUUCUCGCCGUCCGACAUCCUCGUCGUCGAGGACGCGCCGUCGGGCCUCAAGUCGGGCCUCGAUGCCGGGUGCAAGACGCUCGGCGUGUCGACCGGCCAGCCGAUGGCGCGCUUCAGGACGUUCGACGCGACGGUCAAGACGGUCGACUUGACGAGGGUCGAGGUCGUGCGCGCGAGCCCCGAGUCGGUCACGCUGCGGAUCAAGACGCUCGACGAGGAGGAGGGUCUCGACGGUUCGGCAUAGAGCGUCGAGUCGCACUGUAGACAGAGAGCUUCGAGCUUGCAACGAGAUAGAGCUGCAUCGACAGCAAAGGCCGUGG